AUGACAGCUGCCCGACGUCAAGCUGUGGCUGAACCAACUCCAAAUUUCCCCCGGCCAGCGCCCAUCGCCCAUCGCCCAUCGCCCAUCGCCCAUCGCCCAUCGACUUUUUGCUUGCAGCUUCGUCACCUUCCCUCUCAGCUCGUCCUGCUCUCUCCCGUGCCUCUAGGUCGAUCCGGUCGCGGCACAAACCGCACGGUAGACAUGGAGUCUAUGCGCCUCCUUCAACAGCGCGCUCUUCGUCAGAUCUUCCAGUUCCGACCUCUCCGAACUGCACGAGCAGUCCGACACAUCAGCUCCAACAGGUCCGCAAACCAACAACAAUGUCUGUGCAGAUCUCAAAACAAUUCCUCCAGACUUCCAAGUAUCAACAGACACUACCCGCGCACUCCUUUCUCAUCUCCCCGCUUCACCAAACCCACCCGCCGCUUCUACUCGUCUCAAACCAGCGGCGCAUCUCCUUCCUCCUCCGAAGAAACCCUCACCCUCUCCCAACGCAUGCGCAAACUCUCGCGCGAGUAUGGCUAUGCAGCGCUGGGCGUGUAUCUCGCCCUGACCGCUCUCGACCUCCCCUUCUGCUACCUCGCCGUCUCGUACCUCGGCACCGAGCGCAUCGGGCGCUGGGAACACGCCAUCAUGUCGUAUGUGAAGAGCAUUGUGAAAUGGCCGAUGGGGAAGGAAGGCCAGGAGAAGGUGGAUGAGGGGGCGGAGUACGUUAGGCGGAAAGUGCCGCUGGAGGAGGAGGUGGUGGAGGGUAGAGAGACGACGGGGAAAAGGUUGCUAGAAGAAGAGGACACGACGCCCGUGGUGGAUGACCAUGGCAUCGGGGAGGCGGAGAAGGCUAAUCGGGGGGACAAUGCGAGUAUGUCGUCCUUUUCCCUUUCUUCCUCGAGGGGUUUUCAAUCUUCCAGGAAAAAUCCAUUAUGCCGCGGCAUUUCAAGUGAGGCUGACCUGAAUAUUUUUGUGUCUGCUGCAGGCUUCUGGACCAAGCUCGCCCUCGCCUACGCCAUCCACAAAUCCUUCAUCUUCAUCCGGGUUCCCUUGACGGCGGCGAUCACGCCCAAGGUGGUCAAGACCCUGCGCAGCUGGGGUUGGAAGAUCGGCAAGAUGCCGACCAAGAAGAGCGUUGCUGGUACCACGGGCAUCAAUACGGGGAGAACUGGGGUCAAGCCGGAUAAAUGA